AUGGCGCUUUCUGCAGCUUUCAAGGAGAGGCUAGAUCAAAUGGAGUUCACCAGAAACCAACGACUCCACCUUCUCCAGGCGGGGAAAGAGGCGCAAGUGAACAAAUCGCAGAUUUUAGCAUCCAAGCACGCAAAUGUACAGUCCAUACAAGGCAAAUGCUUGUUGCUGGACCAGAAAAUCGCUGCGCAAAACCUCAAAAUCGCAAGUCAUCGCGAAUGA